UUUUGGUGGUGCGUCGUGACGUCAUACGGCCGCGCGCUCCCGCGUCUGUGUUUCUGCUGGAGAAAGAGAAGCUCCUGCUGAAGAUACCGAGACACACUGUUAUAAAGAUGGAGUUUAUUAAAGAGGAGAGAGAAGACGUGAAGAUUGAAGACACAUUCAGAGUCAAACAUGAAGAGACUGAGACACACACAGACCUCAAGGUGCCAAAAGUGGAGAGUCAAGAACUGAAUGAGGUUGAAGACAAAAAUCAUCAUGACUUCAUGACUAGGGAAACAGCCACUAAAAAGACUUACUCACAAAAAAGAGCUCAGAUAACCAAAUCAAACGGUGUAUUCACUUGCUGUCAUUGUGGAAAGUGUUUUAGUCAAAAACAAAAACUUGUACUCCACAUAAGAGUUCACACUGGAGAGAAGCCGUUCACCUGCCAACAGUGUGGAAAGAGUUUUACUCAAAAUGGAAACCUUAAAGUCCACAUGAGGGUUCACACUGGAGAGAAGCCGUUCACCUGCCAAGAGUGUGGAAAGAGCUUCACAGCCGAACUAAACCUUACUUAUCACAUGAGAGUUCACACUGGAGAAAACUCUUUUACGUGCCGACUGUGUGGAAAAUGUUUCACUCAAAAACAAAGCCUUGAAGUCCACAUGAGAGUUCACACUGGAGAGAAACCUUACAUCUGUCAACCAUGUGGAAAGAGUUUUACUCAAAAAGUGCACCUUGAAAAACACAUGAGAAUUCACACUGAAGAGAAGCGUUUCAGCUGUCAGCAAUGUGUAAAGUGCUUUACAACAGAACUAAACCUAAGGAAUCACAUGAGAGUUCACACUAGAAAGAACAGUUUCACCUGCCAAGAGUGUGGAAAAAGUUUCACUCAAAAACAUGGCCUUGAAGUACACAUGAGAAUUCACACUGGAGAGAAACCUUACAUUUGCACCCAAUGUGUAAAGUGUUUUGCACAUAAAAACACCUUUAAUUACCACAUGAACAUUCACAUUCAAGAGAAAUCUUUCACCUGCCGAAAGUGUGGAAAAAGUCUCACUGAUAAACAAAGCCUUGAAGUCCACAUGAAGGUUCACACGGGAGAGAAACCUUAUACUUGCUCUCUGUGUGGAAAGAGUUUCACACACAAAAAAAGCCUUAAUCACCACAUGAAAAAUCACAAUGGAGAGAAGUUGUUCGCAUGUGAUCUGUGUGGAAAGAGGUUUCGUUAUAAAAAUAGCGUCAGCAUUCACAUGAGACUUCACAGUGGAGAGAGACCGUACACCUGCAAACUGUGUGGGAAGAGCUUCACACAAAAAGGAACUCUUAAGAUUCACCUGAGAAUUCACAAAAGAGAGAAACCAUUCAAAUGUGUGGAAAAUGACUUGCAUGUAAAAGAAACCACAUGAGGAUUCACAUGAGAGAGAAGCCAUUCAAAUGAAAAACCUGGGAAAGUCAUAAUUAAUAAAUGCAGAAAGUUUUGGAAAAGUUGUGAAAAUGUAUUUCUUUCCCUGCUAAGAACGGAAUUUUCCAGGUUUCCGCGUUCUCGCUGUUAUACACUCGGGGGUGCUAUUAUACAUCUCCUGAAUGAGUCCAUAUGAAAAAUAAUGCCAUCAAUAAUAAACAGCAUAUAAAUGAAAACUGCCUAAUGUUACCAAGUGAAAUUUUGAUCCAGGAAGUGGCAAAGGACUGCUUUGGAGGGUGAUGAAGUAA